AUGGAAUGUGUUACAAGUGUGAGUUAUUCCUUGCUUCUCAAUGGGGGUUUGACAGCCAAGUUCCAGGCAAGAAAGGGAUUGAGACAAAGGGAUCCUAUGUCCCCCUACUUGUUUGUUUUAGUUAUGGAAUACCUAAAUAGAAGCUUGAAGACUCUUGAUCAGAUUCCAGACUUUAACUACCAUCCAAGAUGUGCCAAACUCAAAAUAAUACAUAUUUGUUUUGCAGAUGAUUUGAUUAUGUGUUGCAGAGCUGAUAGAGUAUCAAUACAGUUAAUGCUAAAGGCAUUCCAUCACUUCUCUGAAGUAUCUGGGCUGCAGGCAAAUAUGGAGAAAAGUUCUUUUUAUGUGGCAGGAGUAACUGAGGAGUUCAAGAACUUGAUACUUUCUGAAAUGCAUUUUACAUUAGGAGAAUUCCCAUUCAAGUACUUGGGAGUACCACUGUCAACAAAGAAGUUAACAAUAGCUCAAUGUAUGCCACUGGUAGAAAAAAUCACAGCAAGAAUCAAGUGCUGGACCACCAAGUUUCUAUCAUAUAGUGGCAGACUGCAAGUGAUCAAAAGUGUACUAUUCGAAAUGCAAACAUAUUGGGCACAGGUAUUCCUAAUUCCAAAGAAGAUAAUUCACAUGGUUACUAUUGCUUGUAGGACAUUCCUCUGGACAGGAAGCACUGAGAUUUCAAAAAGAUCCCUGGUAGCAUGGGAGAAACUUUGUAUGCCAGGUUCAGCUGGAGGGUUAGGGAUACUGGACUUUUACUCUUGGAAUAAGGCUGCAUUGUGCAAGAUACUAUGGGCCAUCAGUACAAAAAAGGACAUACUUUGGGUGAAAUGGAUCCAUAAUUUUUAUAUUAAGAAUAGGAAUAUCAGCACAAUGGCAACACCAAAGCAAGCAUGUUGGAUUGUCAGGAAAGUGUUUGAUACAAGAGAAUGGUUCGAGGCUAUAAGUGCAACAGGAGACAUCAAUGAAUUCUGGAAACAAGGGAAGUUUAGCAUCAAAACAAUGUAUACAGCAUCAAGACCUCAAUAUCACAAAGUCACUUGGAAGAAUCUUAUGUUGGGAGACACCACCAUACCUAGGCAUCGAUUCAUUCUAUGGCUAGCUCUCAACCACAGGUUGGCAACAGUGGAUAGAUUGGCAAAAUGGAAGAUUGAUGUGCCAAAUGAAUGUGUAUUAUGUACUAGCCAGAAAGAAGAGACGCUGGAUCACCUUUUCUUUGAAUGUGUUUAUACUAAAUCCAUAUGGACAGCAUUGCUAGGAUGGUUGAAAGAAAAACAUAGCGUUGGAAGCUGGGAACUGGAAUUAAAAUGGCUGACUAAGAGGACAAAAAGCAGCAGACCACGAGCUCAAGUCAUCACAUUUCUUUUUGCAGCAACAGUAUACUACACAUGGAUGGAGAGGAACAACAGAAGAUUUCAGAAUCAGUUUGUUACAUAUGCAGAUAGAGUUCGAGAAAUAGCCUUGCAGCUGCAUAUCAAAGGCCAGAACAGGAGCAAAUGGAAAGCAGUACUAGAACAGUUGAAUAGAUAUCCUAGCGGGAACAGUGUAUAA